UAACCUCAAAGUGCGAUCCUUGUUUAUUUUUCCGUGGCCCCAAAAUACCCGCAAUCAUAAAAUUCCAAUGGAAAAUGAGUUCUCGCCGAUUUGCUCGGCCCUCCACGCGGACUCUGCUCCCGCCCGUGGCGCAGAAUCUGACCGGCGUGGGGGAGAAGACGUCCAGCUUCGCCUCCCUGCCGAAGCACACACCAUUCCCGGACGUCUCGCAUCCGCCGGAGUUCAUUAACGAGCUGAUCAUGUUCAUCUUCGUGGCGAUCGCGGCAUCAGCGCAGUUCCUGCACCUGUACAGGACCGGCUGGUGGCUGGAGGACUCGUUUGUACACGAAACGAUGAACUUCUAUCUGAUUGACAAGUACCUGGUGAUGUUCAUCGUGACGAUUCUGUCGCGACGCGUGAUUUUCCUGGCAAUCGUGGGCGUGAUGAAGCUGUCUCCGUGGCAGGAGAGAGUCGUAUCCUAUGUGUACUUCGGCUUCCUCUCCGCCGUGCUGCUCUUCUGCAGUGUUCAGCUGUACCAGAAGUCCAACAGCAUGUACCUCUUCUGCCUAUGCUAUCCGUUGCUGGUGUAUUUGAUCAUCUUCGGGGCGCGCCUUGAGCCCUUCCUCAAGACCAUUCACGCCAGCAACACGGUGUACCUGGGCGGAACGCCGCUGCACUGCUGCUCAACGAACCCCUCCGCCAUUCGCGACGAGGUGGAAGUGCUGAAGAGCGACUUCAACAAUCGCUUCAAGCAAGUCAUCUUCACGUCCGCCUGCAACGCUUACUACGCCGGCUUCAUUCCGUGCUGCUUCUCUCAGGCCUUCCUCUACUACGACCUCUUCUGGGCAACGCAACACCUCACCGUCACCUGGCUCAGCGCCUUCACGGCCGCCGCGGCGCAAUGCUUCCCCACCAGGUACUGCGACGUCCUGCACCGUGCCGCACUGCACCUGGGCCAGUGGAACCGCAUUGACAACAAGAUUCACGCUGUGCCCGCGCUCACGUGGUCGAAGAACCUGGUCUGGCCCGCCGGGGCGCUGAUCAAGCACUCCGGCGACUUCUACAAGGCCACAGGCUCCACAGCCGCCAUCCCGACCAACGCUAGCCACUUUCGCUUCCACUGGGUCUUCAGGAAUCCCUCCAACAUCUACCUGAUCCUCUUCUGCGGCCAACUGCUGCUCGUCGUGCUGCAGAUUGCUCUCGUGGUGCUCACGCAUCAGUGGCAGAACAUGAUCUCGAUGGGCUUCCUUAUCCUCACCAACCAAUUCACGCUUUACAGACACUUCCGGAGCUAUCUCAUUUCCCACGAUAUCUACAACGCUGAACUUCAGGCCACUGACUGCAUCCGCAGGAGGCUUUUCUUUAAACUAUAACAAUUAAAUACUCUUUACACUU